AUGAGUCUCUGCAAGGACUGUAUCUCGGGCGUCAGCCACGAAGGUACUCCGACAGGCAAAAUCGAGCAAAUUGGCAGAGUGGAAUGCUACAUUGCUACUCCCAUUGGAGAGUACGCUAACAACAAAGUUAUUCUGUUCUUGCCAGAUGCUUUCGGGAUAACUCUUCCGAAUGCCCAGCUUCUUGCAGAUGAUUUCGCGAGAAACGGGUUUAAGAUUGUCAUGCCUGACUAUUUCAACAACGAUCCCGUACCUGCUGAUUUUUUGGAACCUGGUAGGACAUUCGACAUCGCAAAAUGGUUGGCUAACCAUUCUGCCGCCGAUACUCGUCCUGCAUUAGACAGGGUUAUCGCUGCAUUGAAAGAGUCUGGAAUAACAGAGUUCGGGGCCACUGGGUACUGCUUUGGAGGUCGGUAUGUCUUCGAUCUGGCCUUCGAAGGCGUGCUCAAAGCAGCCGUCGUAUCUCACCCAUCCCUUCUCAAGUUUCCUGAUGAUUUUGAGAGAUACGCCACUGCUGUGGAAGCGCCCCUGCUCAUCAAUAGCUGCACAUUCGACGAGAUGUUCCCAAAGGAAAUCCAUGAUAAAACCGACGAGUUAUUCGUCAAGUUCUCUCCGGGGUACAAGCGUGAAUACUGGGAGGGUUGUACACACGGCUUUGCUGUUCGUGGCGAUUUGAGCAAUCCCCAAGUCAAGGCGGGGAAAGAGGGAGCUUUCAAGGCUGCUGUCCAAUGGUUCCUGAGCCAUCUGUAG